AAGAUGAAGAUGAAGAUGAAAUGCUGGACAUGGCUCCAUCCCGCAGCUCUGAGAGAAGUCUCUUCCCUUCUCAUCCGGCCAGAGGUUGGCUGGAGUCACUAGCUGCUUUCCCAUCAUUCAACACUGCAGGCCCAGAGAUGGAGGUGGGGGACAACGGGAGACUGCACAGGUGCCCAGUCUGUGGAAGAGGGUUCUCCAGAAGGUCGAGCAUGAAAAGACACCACGAGGGUGUCCACAUCAGAGCCAAGCCCUCAUCAACCACGAAAAGGCAGCAUCAGGGCAGCCACAAGAGAGACAGUACCAACAACUCAUCUCUUCCUCCUGUAGAUGGCGCUGCUGACACCACCACAGAGCAGACCACCCCCUCCUCAUCUAAAGACAUCAAGACUGAACCUAUGCAGGAGGAAGAUGAAACGUUGGCUUCCGCCCUCGGCUCUGAGACCAGCCACUCCCCUCCAGACCCAGCAAGUGGACCGCAAGAGUCGUCGUCGUCAUCGUCGUCUGCAAUCCCAUCAUGCACUGCAGGGGGCCCGGAUUCAGACGCGGACAACGGGAGGAGGCACAAGUGCCCCAUCUGUGGCAAGGGAUUCUCCAGGGGGUCGACCAUGAGAAGACACAAGGAGGGCGUGCAUAAAGACGGCAAACCUUGGGUGCCGCCCACGCACACGGGGAAAAGGUCCUUUGACUGCGAGCAGUGCGGCAAGAGCUUCCAGCACGCGCAGCAGCUGGUCACCCACGAGCGCGUUCACACCGGAGAGAAGCCGUUUAUCUGUGCCGAAUGCGGAAAGAGUUUCUCCCAGUCAGGGAGCCUCAAAGCGCACCUCCGCACACACACAGGAGAGAGGCCGUUUCCCUGCCCUCAUUGUGAGAAGUGUUUUUCUCACGCGUUCAACCUCACGGCUCACAUGCGCACUCACACUGGGGAAAAGCCGUACCAGUGCGCAGAGUGCGGCAAGCGCUUUUCGCAGCUCGGACCCCUCAGGACGCACCAGCGCUCUCACACAGGAGAGAGGCCGUACGGAUGCCAGGUGUGCGGACGACGCUUCGCAGACCUGGGACACGCCACGCGACACCAGCGCACCCACAGGGGCGCAGCAGGGUUGUUGAGGGUUAGGGAGGAAGAGGAUGGAGGGUUGUCACCGGGGGUUGGAGAGGAAGAUGAUGCAGCAGGGUUGUCACCGUCAAUGGUUGCAGAGGAAGAGGAUGCAUUUGGGUCGCCGAGGGUUGCAGAGGAAGAGGACGGAGGGUUGUCACCAAGUGUUUGGGAGGAAGAGGACGCAGGGUCGGCGAGGGUUGGGGAGGAAGAGGAUGGAGGGUUGUCACCGAGGGUAACGGAGGAAGAGGAUGGAGGGUCACCAUCAGGGUUUGGAGAGGAAGAGGAUGGAGCAGGGUCGCCGAGGGUUACGGAGGAAGAGGAGAGCCCAGAAUGACAUACAAUACUAACACAACAUUUUAGGAAUUACAAACACUUGCCCAGACAAAAACACAUACACAUCCAUGAAAAUAUAAUAAUAAUAAUAAAUGUUAUUUAAUUGAUAACAAUACAAAUAAACAGAAUAAAAGAAGGCGAGGACAGUGUUCCAAUAAAACCAUGAAAUCAUACGUCACAAUAAGACAAUAAAAUUACCCUAAUUCAAUAUCUCAGUAAGACCAAUUUAAUUUUGAUAAAACAAGAUGUAAAUAUAAAAACAUGGGUGUGCAGCAUUGUUUUAAAAGUCGAGAGAGAUUGUUUAGGGCCUGCCACCACACUACAUGCCCAUGGAGCGAAGAUGUGUGAUGGGGGUGUAGAGGAGG